AUGUUCCGCGGAUCGAACUCGAGCGAGCACCGCAUCCCUGCCCAGCAGGGCAUGCCGAAUGCGACCAGUGUUGCGACGCCGACAACGGGCACUCCGGCUGCCGGCACGCCCCCGACUGGCGCCGCUGCCGCCAACGGACAACAGGACCCUCACAAUCUCGCUAGCAUGUUCCUGAACGCGGUCGCGCAGCAAGCGGCUGGCAACGGUGGCAACAUUCCUGGACUCCAGAACGGUGGCGCAUCCUCUUCCUCUGCUCCGAAGGCGCCGCAAGCUCCCGCAGGACCAGCUCUUCAGCUGGUGACCUCCUCAUCGACGUUCGAUCAGCUGCUUAAGACCAGCAAGGCGCUUGUUGCGAAUUUCACGAACACGGCCGGAUGCCCGCCAUGCCGAAUGAUCAAGCCGGCGUACGAGUCGAUCGCGGAGGCGCACUACCCCGAAUUCGGCCCUCGAGGAGCGCGCUUCGUCGAGAUCGAGCUGGAUCGGGGAGACGGCCAGAAUCUCGCCAGUCGAUACGGUGUGCGCGCGACGCCGACGUUCAUGUUCUUCAAGGACGGGAAGAAGGUGGACGAGAUGGCUGGCGCUGACAAGCGGGGGCUCGAGAACAAGAUUGAAGCCUUCCUCGACGACUGCUUCCCCCAGCAUGCUCACAAGCGUCUCUACCUCCCAGCCACGGAGCGCAUCAAGACGAAUCCCAUCACUGCCACCGCGACGCCAAACUUUACUGCGCUGUUUGGAAAGCUCGAGGGCUUCGCGGGAGCGGCCGGCAAGCAGCACGUCGACGUGCUCAAGAACGAGGUUGUACCCUUCCUUGAGGGUAAGGGUGGGGACGCUGUCGGUGUCGUGGACAAGUGGACGGCGGCGUCCGGUGCACUCUUGCAGUCACUCAAGCCGGCCGAGGUUUUCCCAAUCGUCGAUCUCUGGCGGUUAGGUCUGCUGAACGACGGCGUCGUGCGGGUCUUGACACCGCGCGUCGGCGGACCGAGCGACCCGAUCGCGCCCAUCCUCGCCCUCACUGCGAAGGAGCUGAAGCAGGGUGUUGCAGCCACCCCGCGGCCGUUGCUGCUCACGACUCUGCGGCUCGAGACAAACCUCCUCGCCCCUCUCCCGCUCGCGACAGCGGCUCUUGCUCGACCAGACGAUCUGCUGUCGGUCCUCGUCGAGGCGCUGCUGCACCCUGAUGUCGGUGUGCGAAAGGCUGCGGCAGAUGUCGCGGUCAACGCUGCGGCAUGGCGUCACCGUGUUCGGGAAGCGACGCCUCAGACACCUGACGCCCCGGAGAUCGGAGGAGAGGACUGGGAGACGGAGCUUCUCAGCGCGCUCGUCGAGGCGAUCGCACGGGAAGAGGACUCUGAUACCGGCCACCGACUACUCGUUGCUGCUGCGCUCGUCAUGUAUCUGAACCCCGGCUGGGACGAGGGCAUCCAGCCGUUGCUCGAAGUGCUCGGUGCGCGAGACACGAUUGACAAGGCUGCCAGGAGAUGGAACAACAAGGACAUCCGGAAACUGGCGGACGAAAUCACGCUCAAGAUGCUCAAGGAGUGA